UAUGCAAGUGUCUACUCUGUUAGAAUAAAUUCCUGAAUCAAUAUCUCUUAUAUUAGAGCCAACACUUACUUAAGGAGCACUUUAUCUAGGCAAUUUGACUUCUUUAUAUAAAGCUGCUUAAAAAAAUUAAAUAAAAGUGAUAUAUUAAAUUAUUAAAAAAGGUUGCCGUUUCUAUAUGUGAUUAAAUAGACACGAAGGAUAUUGAACUUGAAUAACAUCUCUGCAUCGAUUUGACAGAUAAAGAAGAUUCAGAUAUAUAAAAAUAUUUUAAUUAGACAAAUAUGUUUAUCUAAGAAAAUUUAAAUGUAAUUAAUUAAAAUCAAAAAGAAAGAAAGGCAAUGUCUUAGUUCAUUGUUUUGUUGGUAUUUCUAGAAGUGCUACUAUUGUUAUUGCAUAUAUUAUGUGGAGCUAAAGGAUAACUUUUUAAUAAGCAUUUCUUUUAGUAACUUCUAAACGUUCAUAGGUUUAUCCUAAUAAAGGAUUUAGAUAACAACUUAUAAAAUAUCAAUAAGAAUUGCAGUAAAUUUAAAGAUAAUGA